UGAGCUUCUGAUGUAUCCCAUCAACCCCAGACCGUCAGCAACAGGAAGCCUUGGUAUAAAAAGCUGCAUUGCAGGGGGAACCCUCCUAAGUGUCUCUCAGCCACAGCAUGACCAAGACCGAGAGCCCGAGAGUGGACUUAAUAAAACAAUGCCAAGCUUAAUCGUCGAACCACCCAACACACAGUGCUUCAUCAUGGACAGAGAUGACAGGAAGAGAAACAAAAACAUUGGAAAGAACUUUAUGUGCCGGCUCCAGUGCAUGUUCUCACACUCCUCCAGCUCUGAGAGCAGGCUAAGUUUAGAAGAUACCCAACAAUGGUCACAGUCACUGGAAAGGCUUCUCGAGUCUAAAUAUGGACUGGCUACUUUUCGCAACUUUCUCAAAUCCGAAUACAGCGACGAGAACAUCGAGUUCUGGCUCACGUGUGAGGACUACAAGAAGAUCAAGUCUUCAUUCCGAAUGUCUUCAAGAGCCAAGAAGAUUUAUGAGCAGUUCAUUAAAGCAGAGUCGCCUAAAGAGAUCAACAUCGACUAUCACACCCGAGAGCAGAUCAAAAGGAACGUCAAGACUCCCACCAUGCACUGUUUUGACGACGCUCAGAAGAUCGUUUACGGGCUGAUGGAAAGAGACUCUUACCCGCGGUUCCUCCGCUCGGACAUUUAUAGAACUCUUCUGGAGAGCCUCGCUGCCGACGCCACGAAUGGAUGAAAAGCGCAGUCAGAGGAGGAGAGAGAAAAGACAUAAAACCCGUAACUGGAAUGUUUGAGCUCCUUCAGGAGGAAGGACCGAUGACAAAGAAGGAAGAAGGGCCGACUGGCGUGACACAAGCACACACCCGGAGGCCUCGUGCCUCAGUAUCCAGAAUCAAACCGUGCCCUCAGCCCCAUCACGGAAGGACCCCUGCACCUAGCAUCACACACCUGAGGACUAUGUAAGAUUAAGAAGCACAAGCAGCCUUCACGAUAAUAACCACAAAGUGUGUGUGUGUGUUUGCACUGGGAUAACGAGUUUGUGUGCGUAAAUUUGACAGUGAAUGAAUCAGUGGGCUGACUGAUUCUCGGUCUGACUCUACAGCUGCGUAAGCAAACCAUUCAAUAGACGCCCUUUGGCCUUCUUUGCAAACGUGUUUCCUAUGCAGAUAAAGAUAGAGGAUGUAAGAUGUAACGGUCACGCUUGAGAAACUGCGUGUGUGUGUGUGCGUUUGAGAGAAAGAGAGAGAGAAAUUAGGUGUAGCUUUUAACUGCCACUGAUUCAGAAUAAGCUGUCACGAAAGAGCUGGCCAAUUAUGGGAUGACAGCACUACGGAAGACAACAAAUCUAUAGCAGACAGAAGAUUCAAUACUGAUAAGUCAUCCUCAGUAAAAGCAUGCAGAAGGCCACUUAGCUCUGCAAGAGCCAGUCUUGGACACUUUCUUGUUUUUUUUUAAUCUAGAUUGCACCAAUAUGGGGUUUGAAAAACUGUUUUGUUUUUUUUUGUAGAGGUUAUUUUGUGCCAACAUUUAAUAUCUUCAAGGUUGUUUUCAAACUCCAAAAAAAUAAAAGUAGUUUGUUACAAUAAAAAUAAGGAUUAAUAAUAUAGUUUUGUGAUUACGUGAAACCUAAUCAUGUACGUUUUUUUGUGUGGAAUCUGAACUUGCCGUUUAUAGCCGCUGACGUGUAGCCUAACGCAGCAGCGCACGACGACCGGCCGAAAAUCUAACCUGAGUCCUUACAGCGCUGAAAUGUCAUGAGUUGUGAUUUUGUGUAUUAAAGUUUUUGGCGUGGAAUUUUUAUAGAAAUAGGAUGUCUCACAUUGCAUGAUGGGAUGUUAAAACUCCUUUUAUACCAUGAGAAAAGGCCUGAUUACUGAUGUCCAAAGCACACUGUGUGAAUGUACUCUUAGGGAGCUGAUAGUUAACUUAAAAAGUUAAAUGUUGUAUUAUUUAUUAUUCAUUGUCACCAUUUGAGUACAAAGUUUGCUGCAGUGUUAAAGUACUUGUUAAACUGUUAGUGAUUUGAAUUACAUUAAAUUAUUUAAAUUGCC